GGCCCGCAGAGUAGAGGCUGCGCGUGUGCGCGUGUGCGCGCGCGACUCGCUAUGAAAAUGAAUGCGAAAGCAUCAAGCCGAAUCGGCGUGGUGCCUUUCCCAGUCUACAACGACCGGUUCGCACCACUUCGACCGAGCAUGGUCGAAUCCGAGACCGAGGCGCACGGGCUUGAAACAGUUCCAGCCGCGGCCUCACGUCGCAUUCGUUCGCCGACCGUUUCUUCUCGCGGUAAGUGCAGCACACGAGGGACACGACGACGAUCGAUAAUCCGAUCGGGGUCUUCGAUCUCAUUGUAGCGAGCGUACGUUACGUCCAAGUAUACAUGUGCAAGAACAUUUUGACGUUUCAAUGCUUCACGCGCAAGAGGAAAACAAGUAUCGGGAAGCUCUCGUAGGAUCCAUUCGCUCAGCCACGAUGGAACAGGGCAAAGCGGAGGACGUGGAUCCGGAUAGGGUGGCCGAGACUCUCUCCGGUCGCAUAUUCCUGAUAACGGGAGGCACGGGAUUUCUGGGAAAAGUGCUGAUCGAGAAGCUGCUGCGAUGCGCGCCCAACCUGGCGCACAUCUACAUGCUCGUCCGACCGAAGAAGGGCAAGGAUCCCAAGCACCGGCUGGACGAAAUAUUCAAUUCUCCGCUUUUCGAAAAAGUCAAGGCUCAAAGGGGACUACCGGCCCUUGAAAAAUCAGUAACGGCCAUUUGCGGGGAUGUGGCGUUACCGGGGCUUGGUUUAUCCGAAGACGAUAGGAAGAUGCUUAUCGAGAAAGUUCAUAUCGUGUAUCAUGCAGCAGCUACCGUAAGAUUCGACGAACUGUUGAAAAAAGCGGUACUGCUAAAUACACGCGGCACAAAACUGAUGAUAGAUCUAGCCAAAGAAAUGAAGCAAUUAGCUCUGUUCGUUCAUAUCAGCACGGCCUACUGUCAUCUCGAAGAAAAAAUCCUGCGCGAAAGAACGUAUCCUCCACCCGCGGAUCCUCACCAAGUAAUCAAAUGCGUCGAAUGGAUGGACGAUGAGGUGGUUGAGGCGAUGACGGACAAGAUUCUGGGCAAACUACCUAACACAUACGCUUUCACGAAGGCCUUGUCAGAGAAUCUCAUCGAACAAGUCAUGGAACAAAUCCCAGUGAUAAUUAUGAGACCAAGCGUAAUUAUUCCUAUCUGGAAGGAACCGAUACCUGGUUGGACUGACAAUAUCAAUGGGCCUACCGGUCUUUUGAUCGGCGCUGGGAAGGGAGUGAUCAGAACAAUGUACUGCAAUGAGAACGGCUACGCCGAUUAUCUACCCGUCGACAUCGCCGCCAACGGUGUUCUCCUUACCACGUGGAAUUACCUUUAUUGGAAGGAUUAUGAUAAGCGCGUUUAUAACUUCACGAGUAGUACCGAGUUCAAGAUCACCUGGGCAGAUAUCAUACAACGCGGCCGAAGAAUAACGGAAAAAAUACCUCUAAACGGAGUCGUCUGGUAUCCAGGUGGUAGCCUGAAGAAAUCGCGACUUAUACAUAAUAUUUGUAUAUUAUUCUUUCACAUGAUUCCGGCUUACCUCAUCGAUGCGCUUCUUUUUCUAGCGGGACAUAAACCAAUCAUGUGCCGUGUACAACGUCGUAUAAACAAAGGAUUCGAAGUGUUCGAAUAUUAUGCCAAUAAUCAGUGGGAUUUCGAAAACACGUAUGUAGAAGACCUAAGGAAAAAGAUUAAUAGAACAGAAUAUAAAAACUAUCAAAUACACGGCGACGACCUGGAUAUAGAUGCGUACUUCGCGGAUUGCAUUCGAUCAGCCAGAGUUUACGUUUUGAAUGAACCUCCAGAAACCCUACCAGCUGCUCGUCGACAUUUAAGAGUUAUGUACUGGGUGGACAUAAUCACGAAGAUACUUUUCUUUAUGCUUCUCAUAUACCUACUAGCAUCCUGGAGUGAAAGUUUUAGAACAUUGCUCACGACCGGUGUGACAUACGUUACAAAAGGAUUAGAGAAUAUUUUGUAAUUUACUCAAAUUAGGAUUGGUCUCAUCGAUCACGAAAAGUUUAUCUAAUUUCGUAUCAAUCGUACCAUUUAAUCUCAAGGACGCGAGGGGGGUAUAAGUAUAUAGUGGUAGCCUUAAGUGCACAGCCUGCGGUGUGCAAUAAAUACGGGUAAAAAAACAUAUGUGAAUAAAGAUAUUAUUUACACAA